AUGUUUGGUGUUUUUCAGGGGCGCAGUAUGUGCCCGGCGCUGGGCUUGGCGCUGCACCCCAGAACAGGAGCUACAUCUACAACUACGUGCCACCACCGAGCUAUCCACCGUCCAGAAUCGACAAAUACAGGGGUGGUACCGACAUACAGAAAAGAAUGACUCAAAGGGAGGAUACAUUGAGGUUCGAGCAGGGCCGUAUCAAGGCCCUGCAGGAGGAACGUCUGCACAUACAGAAGAAGACGUUCACCAAAUGGAUCAACUCGUUUCUGUUGAAGAAUUGUCCUCAAAGUGAACAUUUGGACGACGCGAGAAUACCUGUGUGUAGGGGGAAAAAAAUGUCACGUUACUUCCAAUCAGACAGGUUGGAUGUAUCUAGACAGGAAGCACGCAUGGAAGUGGAGGAUUUAUUUACGGAUCUAGCGGACGGCAAGAAGUUGCUAAAACUGCUGGAGAUCAUCUCCGGCGAACGACUGGCCAAACCUAACAAUGGCCGCAUGCGAGUGCACAAAAUCGAGAACGUGAACAAGUCCCUGGCGUUUCUUCACACAAAG